CUCUAUAUUUCGUGUUUUACAAAUAGUCGUACCUCAUUACCAAUUUAAUAUUCGUCUGUGAUAACGAACCGUAUUAUUAAAGCCAAACAGAUAACAUGUUGGAAUAUUUGCUUUGAAUGUGGAGGUUUAGUUUGUCACAUCAUACGUAGACGGCACCAUGUUCACUCACGAAUUAUCAUUAUUUUUUUAUUGAAAGUUAGAUACCACUAUUUAACUGCUACUAGGAAAAGUUUUAGUGUCAGUGAUACAGGUUUUUAAGAUGUGGAUUAAAAGUGUAAUAACUUGGACGUAAAUAUUGUUAUUCACUUGUGAUUUUGGGAGUUCAAAAUGUCUAAGACAGCGUGUAAGGUACCUCCUGAUGGAGGGUAUGGUUGGGUGGUGACCUUUGCAUAUGCUCUGAACAAUAAGUGGCUGCAACAGGAGCGUUAUUAAUUUCAGCCGGCCUUAUGUUAACUUCAGUAGCAUCCAGUUUUCCUGUUUUUAUAUUAUCAUACAGUAUUAUAAAUUCAAUGGGUGUUGCUGCGGUGAUGUCUGCUUUUACGUUAGCUAUAAAUUCAUUCUUUAAAGAAAAACGAAGUAGAGCUAUAGGAGUCGGCAUGUCUUUGACGGGUCUUGGAGCUAUAUUCAUGCCGCUUGUUAUGAGCGCUCUCAUGUACGCCUAUGGUUGGCGAUACGCAGUACUCAUUUUGAGUGCUAUAUGCCUCCACUCGUUGUUAGCAGCAUGCUUACUUAGACCCGCAAAAUGGUAUCUCAAAGAUCCUCCAGUAUCAGAAGAAACAGUACCUUUGAAUAACGAGAAAGAAGUUCAGCUAAUCAAUGGAAGUGUAACUACUUCUUCUAAGCUGGGAAUCGCCUCAAUUACGCAAACAGAAGAACCAGUCGGUAAUGGAUCAUUGCCAGUAAAAAGCUUAUCUAUGAGAUCCUUAAAUAGUAACUCAAAUUAUCAAGCGAGAAAUGCUAUUUCACACCCUGACAUAAGAUCAAAACCACCAGAAUUGCCUUUGUCUGAAUCCCGAUACAAGUGGUGGGAAUCGCAAGAAGUCAAUCUAGGCAGCUCUAUUAACAUCUUUAAUGAAAUAGAAAAUACUAAAAAGCUCAAAGAACUCGAAGAAGAAAUUGAUAAGAAAGAAGAAAAUAAAGGGUUUUUUAGUGGUCUUGUAAAUUUUUUCGAUCUGACGCUUUUGAGGGAUCCAGUAUUUGUUAAUAUAUUAUUUGGUCUAUCAAUAGCAGCCUGUGUGGAAACAAACUUUUCACUACUUUUACCAAUAAUCCUUAAGGACCUGUUAAAAUUUGAGACAAGUGACAUUGCCACAUUAAUGGCAAUACUUAGUUUUACGGAUACAUUAUCUAGAGUAGUGGCCCCGUUUAUAGGAGAGUGGUGCCAUAAACCUCCCCGAGUUAUGUAUAUGAUCAGCCUGUUGCUGGUUAUCUUUUUAAGAAGCAUUAUGCUAUUCACAACUACUUUCACCGGGAUGAUCUUCGUCGCUCUAUCCUUGGGCUUCUCGAAAGGAAUCCGAACGGUGUAUAUGAAUGUAGUCAUACCAAGCUACGUGCCCAUACACAGGCUAGCCUACGCUUCUGGUAUACAGAUGUUCUUCAAUGGGAUUACUAUUUUCACCAUCGGAUCUCUUCUUGGUCACAUACGAGAAGUUUCCGGCUCAUACCAAAUGCCCAUCAUCACUUUAAACUGUGUCACAAUGGUCACUAUUCUGUUGUGGAGCAGUGAAUUUUUGUACUUUAAGAUUAAGAAAAUACCUCAACCUCAAGAAUACACCGAUGCUUAGAACAUUAUUGUGAUAAAACUAAACGGUGAGAAAAAGCAUGUCUUGCUUAGUUUCAAGUCGACCAUUAAGAUUGACGUCACUUGUUUUUUUAUGUAGGUAUAAUAUAUAUCAUUACAUACCUAUUCAUAAUUUGUGAAGAAGACAGGAUUUGUGCAAAAGUUAGUAAGAACAAUUAUUGAACUUCCUGCGAGUUAGUGCUGUCUUUUUGUGGCGAACUCUCGAAGAAGGGUGUAAUAGUGCUCUGUGCUUGAUUCUCCAAAUCAUUUACUGAAAAAACAGUGCUGUGUUUUAAAAUACGACUACGAAAUAUUAGAAUAUAUACAUGUAA